UGAUAAAAUAUAUCAAAUUUAGGCUCAAUUUAUAGAUAAUUUUUUUUUUUAUAGUUGUAAUGUAAUUUUUUUUAAAAAAUUAUAAGCUGAUUUUAUUUACUUUAAAACAAAAAAAAAUCUUGUAAAAAAAAACAGCAACAAUAAAGCAAUAUUGAUACAUAUGGCAACACCCCAUUUGUUGUUAUGCACACCAUCCAAGGCAUGGUUGGUCUAGAAUUCCAAACCAACCAACUCCAAGGGCCAAUUGCUCCAAUGGUAAAGCUAAGUAAAGCUAGCUUUACUUUUUGCUAGACCAACCAAAACCAACCCCAUUGCUCAUGCUCUUAGGUUGAGUUUGAUCGUUUUCAUUAGCCCUCGAUACAAGUUAUACAAGGGACACAUAAUGAAGGCUGUGUUCUAUGAGGCUAUCAACCCAACAUACUCUGUUCUAACGAAGUUGUUCUAUGUAGGCUAAAUUUGACGCAAGCUUCUAUUCUUACUCUACACGAAUGUGUUAUAUCAUGGAUUUCCCUUACCAUUAACCUCAUUAACCUCUGGAACACACCCAGUUAUUUUGUGUGCUAGUGUGCACUGCUCUGCUUAUCUGUGUUUAUCAAGACCUGCAGAUUGAUUUCUUCAAAAAUCACAAAAGAUUAGAAAUUGAUGGUGAGAUUGAACAAAUUUUGCCUACAAAUUGUCUGGAAUCUGGAGAGCAGGUGUAUAACAUGUAGCUUGCAAUGGGAGUCUAAUAUAACGGCCUUUUCUGUAAUUUCAGGUUCCGCUUUCAUGUUUGUUGGAGAUGAGCAUGGUAUCGUGUCUGCAUUGAAAUAUGGUGCCGAAGAUAAAACUCUUGUACAAAUGCCAUAUCAUAUAUCUCCUGAUUAUAUCCUUGAAAAGACAGGCAUCUCAUUAUCUAAUGAUCAACCUGUUGUUGGAGUUCUUCCUCAACCUUCUUUUUUUGGAAACAGAUUACUGAUUGCCUAUCAGUAUGGAUUAUUUGUUCUAUGGGAUGUUCUGGAAUCUGAGGUUAUAGUCAUCAAAGGUGACAAGGAUUUGGUUAUAAAGGAUCACUUAUCUGAAUCUCCAGAUAAAUUAGCUGCUGAUCCACUUGAAGAUGCACAUGAACAAAUGAACGAGAAAGAAAUAAGUGCUCUCUGUUGGGCAUCUUCAGCUGGCUCGAUGCUUGCUGUAGGAUAUAUUGAUGGAGACAUAUUGUUAUGGAACAUACCAAGAGGUGCUUUCUCUAAAUCUAAAAAUGCUGGUGUACCAUGUAAUGAUGUUGUGAAGCUUCAGUUAUCUUCAGCUGAAAAAAGACUUCCUGUCAUUUAUCUAUGCUGGGGUGAAAGCACUACAUCUCAAAGCAGUUGCGGUGGUCAACUUUUCAUUUAUGGGGGAUGUGAAAUAGGGUCUGAAGAAGUUUUAACGGUAGUGAGUCUUCAAUGGUCUUCUGGCUUGGAGAUGCUGAAAAGUGUGCGUCGUGUAGACUUCUCACUCAUUGGUGCCUUUGCGGAUAUGGUUUCAUUAUCAUCCCUAGGGACAGAAGAAAAAGGCCACUUUGAUGGCCUUUUUGUAUUGACUGUACCUGGCAAGUUACAGUUUUAUUGUACAGAGAGUUUGUCUGCUUUACUUUCUCAGCCAGAGAGGAAAUCAUCUGUAUCUGGUAUUGAAUCUCCUGUGGUAAUACCCACUUCUGAUCCUCAAAUGACAGCUGCAUUGUUGAGCUUGCAACCUUCAAAUGGGAAUUUGUCAAUGUGGCUUUCAGAGAUGGCUUCAGUUUGUUCCGGACAGAAUCUAGCUGUAGGGAGAAAGUGGCCAUUGAGUGGGGGUGUACGAAGUGAAAUAACCUCUCCUGAAGAGAAGUCGCAGGAACUCAUUUACAUAGUUGGCUACCAUGAUGGAUCUGUCCGAAUUUGGGAUUCCUCUAAUCCAAUCUUUCCACUUGUUUCCACUAUAGAAGGUCAGGUUCAUGGAAUAGCUAAUGUCAGUUCAAAUGUCUCUGUAACCAAGUUAGACUUUUGCGCCUCAAUGAUGUAUUUGGCUGUUGGCACUCACUGUGGUGAGGUACGUGUCUACACUCUAAAUAAUGAUGCUGGGGGAACAAAGCUUCACUGGGUUAAACAUUCUGAACAUAUAGUGUAUGAUGUACCAUUACAGGAGGGUCCUAAAUGCAGAGCUGUUUUUACCUUGCUGAAUCAUCCAGUGCAGUCACUUCAAUUUUCUGCUUCUGGAGCCAGGCUUGCUGUGGGGUUUGAAAGCGGUCAUGUAGCAGUUUUUGAUAUGAUGUCUCUGUCAGUUUUGUUUUCAACAGACUCAGUGGCCAGCUCUAAAUUUAGAGUCAUCUCAGUAAUUUUAAAAACAUUUUUAGAUGCUCAUGGCUCUAGUAGAAACCCGAAGAAUAUAGAACAAUCUGAAGAAGAGCUGUUGUUCACCCUAACCCAGGAUGCGAAAGUCAAUGUUAUUGAUAGUAAGACUGGCAGCCCUGUCAGCUCCCAGCCACUGCAUUUGAAAGAGCAUACAGCGAUUAGCAUGUAUGUUAUAGAAGGCAGUGCUUUCAUGUCUGCUUCAUCAUCAGAACAUCAUGAGCAGUCAAACAAGGAAACCAAAAACCUAGAUGAGCCUAAGCAAGAUGUUUCUCCUAAGAUAGGUGACUUAAAAGACGCAGAACAUCUCCCCAUGGAUGGAGAAAAGUUGCUGGAUUCAUUAGUUUUGCUUUGUUGUGAGAGCACAUUACGUUUAUACCGUACCAAAUCUGUAAUGCAGGGUGAAGAUAAACCAAUUUGCAAGGUGAAGCUUGCACAAACAUGUUCUUGGACUUCCAUUUUAAAGAAAGAUGGCAAGGUUGUUGGACUUAUCUUGGUUUACCAGUCUGGAGUCCUUGAAAUCAGAUCAUUUCCUGAUUUGGAGCCUCUGGAAGAAAGCUCUCUGAUUUCACUUCUGAGGUGGAAUUCGAGACCGAACAUGAAGCUGGCCAGUUCUACAGACCAUGGGCAGAUCUUUCUGACAAAUGGGAGCGAGUCGGCGUUCAUCUCCUUAGCUUCUUGUGAAAUUGAGACAAGGUUUCUGGAAUUGUUGCCUUUACUUCAUGAUAAAGUUGUGGCUGCUGCAGCAGAAGCUGCUAUUUCCAUCUCUUCAAAACAAAAGAAGCAGGUUCCUCCUGCAGGUAUUUUUGGUGAUAUUGUCAAAGGCUUCAAAAAGGAAAAAUCAAACAAUGCAAACAACAAUCCUCCUGCUUGUAACUCUAGCGAAUUAGGGGAAAUACUUUCGAGGCCCGUUGUUCCUGAUUCAUCUCUAACCACCGUAGAAGAGAAGGAAGAAGAAGAGCUUGACAUAGACGACAUUGAAAUUGAUGAACCGGUUAUGAUGGCUUCAACUGUACUCCAUCAGGGUAAUCUUGCAAAAGGAAAAGCAACAAAAGGAGAGAGAGAGAGGUUAUUUGAGGGUGUUACUGUUGAUCCAAAGCCUAAAACCAGAACUCCUGAAGAAAUAAUGGCAAAGUAUAGGGGAGCUGAGUAUGCAUCUGCAGCUGCUGAACGUGCAAGAAACAAGCUUUUAGAACGCCAGGAGAAACUUGAGAGUAUCAACCAAAAAACAGAAGAUCUACGAUAUGAAGCUGAAAAUUUUGCAUCAAUGGCUGAUGAGCUCUUGAAAACGAUGGAACAACGUAAGAAAAAAUGGUGGAAGAUAUGAAGCUGACAUGCGAAGCUUACUCAUUAUUUUGCACCGUCGUGUCUCUAAGUCUUCUGAUUACAAGAGGAUACUUGGAAGGAUGAAACCACCUGUUCCAACCAUGCAUCCAAAUGUCCAAAAAAAGAGAGAUAUAUGUUUGUACAGGUUUCUAUUGAGUUAGGCUUGCUUCCAGAGAAGUAUGCACAACUACACAUAUUGUAUUUGUAUAUACGAUGUCUACUUUGCAGACAUGUAUAAUGCAAUUUCUUAUAUUACAAGCUUGCAUGUUGGACUUCACCUAACUUUGAUAUAAAGACCCAUCAACUUUUUAGUUUUUGUUUUUGCUUUUGUAUUUGUUUUUGAAGGGGUAAUGAGCACCGCCUCAUGUAACUUUCAGAGGCUCAGAGCGCAUUCUGUGUGCAGCAAACAGUUAAUAAAGAAGUUGUAAAUGCAUUAAGCAUUUUCUACA